GUGAGGCCGGCAGUCAGUCUGUCAGUGGAGCUACUGUGGAGGAGAAAUCAGGACUAACUGGGAAAACGUAUUAUAGAAGUUAAGUGAGAGACUGAGGAACCUGAAGGAGGAGACGGAGGUGUUGAGGAUAGGAGUGCAGGAGAAGAGAGGAGACUAGAGGAUAAAGUACGUAAAAGAGAAGCAAGCACCAGUGAAAACUAUAAGACGAGAAGAAGACACUGAAGGAGAAGAAGGCGGAGAAACAUCUGACUGAACAGUUGAAGAAAAGAAGGAGAAACUGAAGAAGAGGAAGUUGGAGAAAAGAGGAGAGACACUGAAUGAAUCUGAUUUGUGCUAAAGACACAGACGACUGACAUCAUCAGCAUCAGCAUCAUCAUCAUUAUAACAAAAGAUGGAGAUCUGGUUUUGCUGGAUUUAUCUCUUGGUCUUGUUCAGAAACAUCUCGGCUGAACCACCACAGUACACCAUCCGCCCCAGCAAUGUCACCUUCGACCAGGCCCUGAAGGACUGUUCUCCUGGCGUCCUCACCACCCUCGCCACUAACCAGGAGGUCACAGAUGUCCUCAGGCUUGUCUCCAAGUCUGCGUCCCCACUACAGAAGGAGUUCACCUUUUGGGUCGGACUGAGGAAGGUCAAGAAGCAGUGUGUUGUUCCUACACUGCCACUUAGAGGAUUCAAGUGGAUAGAGGAUAAUAGUCAGGACUCGCAGGUGAACCGCUGGAUCAAGGAACCAGCGUAUAGCUGCACUUCGGAUCGCUGUGCAGCACUAAAGGGAGAGUUGGAUGGAUCGACGGUAACCAAGUGGGGUCUGAUUUCUGUCACCUGUAAGGACAGUUACCAGUUCAUAUGUAAGACCCGUGUUAAACCUGCUUCACCAGAAUCAGCUAUACCAGAACCUACACCUGCACCACCAGAACCUACACCUGCACCACCAAAACCUACACCUGCAAAACCACAACCAGCUACACCGCAACCUACAUCUGCUUCACCAGAACCUACACCUGCACCAAAACAACCAGCUACACCAGAAUCUACAUCUGCUACAUCUAAACCACCACAACCUGAACCUAAACUUCCGAGCCAAGGACCAAAACAAGAAACUAACCUGACGCGUGAAACAGGAUCUGAACUGCAGGGACCUGGUCUUGAUCCUAGUUCUGAACCAGCGCAGGGGUCAGACCCAUGUAAGCAUCCCUCCCACGAUGAUUUCCGCUCCAUCAUUUUGGACCAUGACAACAUCAAAAGGAUCACGGUGCAGUGCUGGCCCAAUGUCUUGGUGGAGGUUCGCUGCUGGGGCUCUCCUACUGUGUGGCGGCUGCUGGACAACACCCCCGCCAACUUCAGCACCAUCUGCCUGCCGUGUGAGAAAGGCUUCCAGAAAAACGCAACUGGAAAGUGUGUGGAUAUUGACGAGUGCAGCAGGGGCGGCGGCGCCACCUGCAGGCACAACUGCGUGAACACUGAGGGCUCCUACACGUGCUUCUGCUCUGACAAGGACGGAAAACAGCAUGAAGAGGGCUCGCCAGAGUGUGCAGAUACAGCGACAGGUGGUAUCCUGAUCCCAGUGCUAAUUGCUGUGGCAGCGCUGGUGGUGCUGGUGGUCAUCAUCGCAGUUACAGUGAAGUGCUGCCUCAUGAGGCGGUCGAAGAAACGAGCCAUGAAGAAGGCGGAGAAGAUGGCGAUGAAGAGCAAAGAAGGCAAGGACUCCUAUGGAACAGCCAAUGAGAAAGUAGCGACAUGAGGGAGCUGUGAUUGGUUGUUUUUGGCAGUGACAUCAUCAGAGUGUCUUCAAAAUGACUCCAGGAAGUUAGAAAAAGUUUAUCUUUGUUGAAAAUGUUUUCUCAAACCAGACUUUCUGAAGUGAAAAUAUUUUUGCAAUCAAGUUUGUUUUCUGUUCCAGUGCUUCCUGUUUCAGGUAACAGGAGCUCACCUGGAGACAGGUGAAACUCUUUAACCUCAUUUGCUAUUUUUUUCUGAUUUAAAUUUAAGAUUAAAACAUUAGACAUAAACACUCAACGUUCCCAUUGAAUCAGACUUUCUGGGGAUAACAGAAAAGGACAUUUAGAAACCUCUGGAUUAGUUUUUUUUUUUUUAAAAAUAAAUCAAAA